AUGCUUUGUAAUAAAAAUGUGAAACUGCUAAUUCUGAGGAACAUAAUAUUACCUAACAAAAGAAGGAAUGGACAAUGCCAUUUUUAUUUUGAAUAUAGCACAAAUGUGGAAAAUAAGUACACUGAGAAGGAGAAUAAAAGUUUUAAUGAAACGUGGAAAACACUCAUUAGGAAUGAUUAUAUAACAAGAAUUGUUAACAUUUUUGAAAAGGCAAAUGAUACAAGUGCAAAGUGUGGAAGAGCAAUUGAUCGUAACUGUUGUUGCUACUUCGUCUUAGGAGCACAAGGAGUGGGGAAAAGAUUUUUUAUUCAGAAAUCGAAAGAUAUAUUUUUAAAAAAGAAGCAUUUAGGAGGAGCGAAUAAUCAGCAUGGUUUUCCUAAUUCAAGCAAAUUGCAAGAAGGAAGAAAAAAUGUUUUUUUCGAGUACGACUUUAAGGAUACAAGCGAAGAUGGAAUGAUAAUCCCAUUCCCUAUGAAAUUACACGCAUUGGAGGAGUUCCUUAAAUUUAAGUUACUGAAAGAAAUAAACGACGAUAUUGAAAAUAAAAAAAUUAAUUUAAAAGAUAUUUAUGAGCAAUUCAUAUUGAGGGAGGGAGAAAAUACGGAAAACUCUAUUUUUUCCAAAUUUCCAUUCGUUUUUAAACACAUAUUAAAUAACCCACAAAUGUAUGAUUAUUUAAAUGAUGAAGACAGGAAAAAUAUAGAAAUGGAAAUAAAAUUAUUAGAGACAAAAAAAUAUCAUUAUGAAAAUUUUGCUGCUUUUUUAAAUAUUCUUUUACUUAAAUUAAACGUAAAAUGCUUUUCAAAACAUUUAAAUGAAUUUAGUGCUUUUUUAUAUUUUUUAAAAAUUUUAGCAGAAUGUGAAGAAUAUGAAUAUUAUAUGAAAAACUCAAAAGGCAUACUUACGGAUUUUUCGAAUGGCUUAUACAUUUAUCAUUAUUUCCUUUCUUUAAUUACCUUUUUGCAACGCACAUAUAAAUAUAAUUUCUGUUUUAUUUUUUAUAAUUUCCAUUCCUUCCUUUUGAGUCCACACCCAGCACGCAAUUUUUAUUUUUUCACCAAAUGGUGUGAACAAAAUGUAGCCAAGCACAAUAUACCGAUUAUUACCCACUCGAUUAAAAAUAUUGAAAUGAUGAAGUCUAUAUAUAUUUACAACAAUGUGGUUUUGCAUUAUAUUAGUAAGUACACCACAAAUCUGUCUCUAAAUGAAUAUUCACAUGAUAUGGUAAAUAUUGAUCUAAAUGACAAGGAGAAGAACAACCCCCCUCCGAGGAAUGACAACUGUUCUUCUAAUGUUUGCAAAAAAAUGUUAAAAGAAAAUUUUCCUCCUUAUGAACACCGUAGAAAUGAAAAUGAUUCAAAUCAUAUGAACAGGUCAGGUGAAAAAAACAUGUACAGUCAAAAUGGGGUUAACAAUAAAGUUCCAGGAAAAACACCACUGCCACUGACGGGAAAAAACCAACACGAAAAUGGAAACCUUCACAAUGAAGGGAUACGUGUAAACGAAUUUCCGGAUAAUAAUUUCCCGCAUAAUAAUUUCUCGAAUAAUAAUUUCCCGCAUAAGAAUUUCUCGCAUAAGAAUUUUCCGCAUAAUAAUUUGCCGCAUAAUUUGUACAAUGCGUUCGUAGAAAAAGAUUUACAAAAUUAUGAUCUUAUAAGGCAAAAUUUGAUCGAAAUAAAUGAUUUGUCAUAUGACAUGGUCAGGUGUUUAAUAAUUCCAAAUUUUGCAAAAGAUGAAAAGGUAGCUAAGUGCAUAUACAACAUCAUAGGAGGAAAUGCACAUUUAAUAAAAACGGUUUGCAAAGGGCUAUACGAUCUGAAUAACCAAUUUAAUGAAAUUAAAAUGUGGAAAGAAAUUGAAAAUGAGAAAAAACGAAACAUUACUUACGACAUGGAUGAAGAAAACGAAGCUAACACCAGUAAUAAUACCAUAGACGAAAUUAUACAGCAUCGAAAAUUUGAGAAGCAAAAGUUAUUUUUAAAAAAUAUACAUGAACAUGUUUUACAUACAUUUAUCCUGGACUUUGAAAGGAAAAUACGAAAUUUCUUCAGCUUACCAAAUAUUGAGCAAAUGAAAAAGAAUGCCAAUUCUAUAAAGAAGGAUGGUGAAAAAGGAAAAGGGGAAGAUUAUGCUUCGUCACAGGGUAGUAAAAAAUAUAUAGAAAAUGAAAUACCAAAAAAGGGAUUAACUUAUAUCCAAUUUUAUUUCACCAUUUUUGAAGUGAUUAAAUAUUUUAUAAAAAAGAAGAAAGUAUUUUGUAAAAAUAUUAUUAAUCUAAAUAAUCCCAUCCUCCUAGGUCUCAUAGAUGUACACAUAAUUCAUUAUAACUAUGAAAAUAAAUACCUUGAAUUGUCUAACCAGUUUUAUGAAGUCUUGUUGCUGAAUUACAUAGAAUUUAAGUACAAACAAUUCCCUUUAAAAUAUAAAGCCCAGUAUAAUUUUAACUAUAUAUUAAACUAUAAGAUAAUACAACAUGAGUACAAUUUACUGGAAUCGCAGGCGUAG